CUUGUUUACAGCGUCUCCGGCCUGUAAGGUCUUUAGCCUCUUUGUUCUUUCUCUCAUCCGAAAUUGCCAUGCACACACGUGCGGCGGCCGAAGCGUCUCCUUCGAAAUCACGAUCGGUAUCUCAUAAUAGAGGAAAGAUCCACCAGCCGGUCAAACUGGUCAAUCCGAGGCCUAUACCCGUAUUUUUUAGCCAAUUUUUUUUGAAUCCAUAUAUAUAGACAUAUAGUUGCUCGAUCAGCUCGGCGUCUCGGUCGAUAGCAUCUGUGAGGCUGCAACGAAAAAAAAAAUCGGCUUAUGUAACGCGCGUCGAUCGGCUCGAGGAUAAACUACGGUAAGUGGUUUUAUUUAUAUUUUUUCUCUCUGUCUUUCUCGCAGGAUGUGACUCACCGCUCGGAGGCCUCUAUUUUGUUUUGCCGCUGCUCUGCCAACGGAAGAUUUAGCCGGUGUAGACCGUGUCGAUGAGAGAUGUGGGUGUAUCCGUGAUGAGAGCUCAGUACUCGAGCCGAUCGAGGGGACGCUCGUUUUCGGUGCGAUUUUGAAUUCGUUGAUUCAGGAGGAGAUCGCUGAAACUCUCGUAAUGCGGCUCUUCGCCUUCGCCAACGUACUUGGCAUCGUUCUUUUGAUCCACAAUUCUGCAACGAAAACUAAUGUAGAGCGGUUCUGGGAUUACGUGGAUGUGCUGAAAGACUGUGCGAAAGAAAAUGGCAUCAGUAUUGAAUCUUACGCAUACGCGUCCAAGAAAAACAACACAGACGGCAUUUACGAGAAAUCCAAGUGCGUGGAAGCGUGCAUGUUCAAAUCGCACAAAAUUAUGAGACCCGACGGUACGAUCGAUAUGGAAAAGGCUAUCGAACACUUGCUGACGGGUAAUCCGGGCGAAAAGCGAGAUUUGAUGAAGAAGAACAUCGAAUCUUGUGAGAUACCGAACGGAGACAAUGAAUGCGAAGUGGCUCACACCAUGGUGAAGUGUGCCUUGGGAUAUGAUUGAAAAACAUACUUUGUGAAUAAUUCAAUCUAUUCAUAACGUCAUUACUUAAUACACAGGUUAAUUAUAUACACAUUUUACUUUUUAUGUCUAUCUCUUCGACAAAGAAUUGUAAUCUCUAUCGAUUAAGAAUUCAACUAAGGAUUCAAAAACAUGUAAUCAACGGUGAAUAUAAAAAUUGAUAUAGUAAUAAUGAAUUUUGCUUGAUUCUUAUAAUUAUGACAUACCGCAUCCACGGAAAGCUUGCGUAAGUAUAAUUAGUUUGAUUAUUUUGAUGAAAAGUAAAAAAAAAUUAUUCCUGAUCAAAAUAUGAUCAUGUUCUUUUUAAUAGCUGAUAAUUUCUGCUUUGCCGCGAGCAUGUGAAAAUUUCAACUGACCUUUAUGUAAGCUUCUCGCAUUGUUCAAUAAAAACACGACUUCCUUUUUGAUUCUCAAACAGAUAGUUAGCGCAAUCCCGUUUUUGUGAAACGAGUGAGGCAAAGUAUUUUCAGUGUACAACUAAACUCUGUACAAUGCGUCUACUCACUGCUCUUCUGCUAAUCGGUAUUGUUGCCGUAGUCAAUGCGAAAAGUGGUUCGACUGCGUUUACGAUAACGCAAAACGAUAGAAAUGUGUUUCGGAAUUGCAUGACGAAAAUAGGAAUUCCAGACGAUGAAAUGGUCGCUGUCUUAGACAAUCAUGAAAAAGAUGCAGAUGAAAAAGUGAAAUGUUACAACGGCUGCCUUUACAAAGCUUUCAAAGUCAUUAAAGAUGAUGGGACAGUUGACACCGAAGCUGCUAUAAAAUUUUUCAAAGUUGAAGAUAUGGAAUCUGACAAAAAUAUCAUAGUAAAAUGUAGUAAUGAAAGUAAUUCAAAUAAAGAGAAAAAUGAUUGCGAUACUGCUCAAACAAUGGAGUCAUGUUAUUAUAAGUU